AUGUAGAUUAAUUAAAGAGAAAUUAUUAUGCAGGGCACUCGCACCACCUCAUGUGUAGAUUAACUGAGAACAGAACCAAAAUAAUCGAAAUAAAAAGAAAGAAAGAAAAAAGACAUGAAGAGGUGACCCGUUGAAUUUGACACAUUCCUGCCGAAACAUAUAGCUUUUGAUUUUGGUGGCCAUGCUCAGACUGAUUUCUCAAAAAACGUUUCAGUGUGCGAAUUUCGCUACCCAUUGCAAACCCAACUCUUGCUCAAGCUUUCAACGGUGUGGGUACACUGCCCAAUUGACCCAACACUUGACGUUCCACCCAGAGCUUCCCAACCCAGAAUUCGACUCUUACGCCUACGCAACUACGCUCCAGCAUCACAUCCAAAACGGCGACUUUACUUCAGGAACGGCUCUUCACUGCGAUAUUGUGAAGAAAGGCGGAUGCUUGGACCUGUUCGCUUACAACAUUCUCGCCAACGUGUACGUGAAAGCGGGUCUAGUCAAUGAUGCAGUCAAGGUGUUCGACGAAAUGCCCCGCAGAAAUGUCAUUUCGUUCGUCACGUUAAUCCAGGGGUUUUCGGAGUCUCAACGCUUCGUCGAGGCUGUAGAGUUGUUCGGUAGGUUGCAUAGAGAAGGCCAGGAGCUGAACCCGUUUGUUUUCACUACCGUUUUGAAGUUGCUUGUGAGGAUGGGAUUGGCUGAGCUGGUUUGGACUGUCCACGCUUGUAUUUAUAAGCUCGGACAUGGAACCAAUGCCUUUGUUGGCACUGCUCUCAUUGAUGCAUACUCUGUUUGCGGCGACGUUGAUAUUACUAGGGAUGUUUUCGAUGGGAUUGUUUGUAAGGAUAUGGUAGCUUGGUCUGGGAUGGUAGGGUGCUAUGCUGAGAAUGGCGGUUUUGAAGAAGCGGUUGAGCUCUUCUGUCAAAUGAGGGUGAUUGGAUUCAGGCCUAAUAAUUAUACUUUCAGCGGUGUGCUUAAGGCCUGUCUCAGGUUAAAGGCACUGGAUCACGGGAAGUGUGUUCAUGGAUGUGUGAUAAAAUCAUGUUUUGAAAAGGAUCUAUAUGUGGGAAUUUCAUUGCUCGAUUUGUACACCACAUGUGGAGAUGUUGAUGAUGCUCGGAGGGUAUUUCAAGAGAUGCCCAAAAAUGAAGUGAUUCCUUGGACUCUCAUGGUUUCACGGUAUGCUCAGAGUGACUGCUGUGAAGAGGCGCUGGACAUGUUCUGUCGGAUGAGGCAAGCUUUUGUCGCUCCCAAUCAGUUUACAUAUGCUAGUGUGCUGCAAGCUUGUGCAACCAUGGAGAGUUUAGUUUUGGGGAAGCAAAUACAUUGUCAAGUAGUCAAGGUUGGUCUUGACUCAGAUAUCUAUGUUUUAAAUGCCCUCAUGGAUUUCUAUGCUAAAUGUGGACAAAUAGAGAACUCAAUGGACCUGUUUGUGGAAUCAUCGAACAGAAAUGAUGUAUCUUGGAACACAAUGAUUGUUGGUUAUGUCCGGUUAGGUGAUGGGGAGAAGGCGUUGACUUUGUUUUCAGAUAUGCUUAGAUGCCAAGUGCAGGUCACAGAUGUGACGUACUCUAGUGCUCUCCGUGCUUCCGCUAGCAUAGCAGCGUUGGAGCCAGGACUUCAGAUUCAUUCAGUGACGAUUAAAACCAUAUAUGACGAGGACACUGUAGUUGGUAAUUCUUUGAUAGACAUGUAUGCCAAGUGUGGGAGCAUCAAAGAUGCCCGCUUGGUGUUCGAUAAGUUGAAGCAACGAGAUGAAGUUUCAUGGAAUGCAAUGAUCUCAGGAUAUUCUUUGCAUGGUCUUGGUAAGGAGGCUCUUAAACUUUUUGAAAUGAUGCAGGAAACAAAUUGCAAACCAAACAAGUUAACCUUUGUUGGUGUCCUAUCGGCAUGUAGCCAUGCAGGACUGUUAGACCAAGGAAAUGCUUAUUUUAAUUCUAUGGUAGAAGACUACUACAUUGAACCAUGCAUGGAGCACUAUACUUGUAUGGUCUGGCUACUAGGGAAAUCAGGCCAGCUUGGUAAGGCUGUGAAGUUGAUUGGCAAAAUCCCAUUUGAACCUAGUGCUAUGGUAUGGCGUGCUUUGCUCGGAGCCUGUGUUAUCCAUAAUGACGUUGAGCUAGGAAGGAUUUGUGCCCAGCAUGUGCUUGAAAUGGAUCCCCAAGAUGAGGCUACGCAUGUGCUGUUGUCAAACUUAUAUGCCACUGCAAAGAGGUGGGAUAAUGUGGCUUUUGUUAGAAAAAACAUGAAAAGGAAAGGAGUAAAGAAGGAGCCGGGCCUAAGUUGGAUUGAGAACCAGGGCACAGUUCAUUAUUUCACUGUGGGUGAUACUUCACAUCCUGACCUGAGACUGAUCAAUGGGAUGCUGGAAUGGUUGAAAAUGAGAACCUUGAAGGCAGGUCAUGUUCCCAAUUGUAAUGUUGUUAUGCUUGAUGUUGAGGAUGAUGAAAAGGAGCGCCUCUUGUGGGUACACAGUGAAAGAUUAGCUCUAGCACUUGCGCUGGUUAGAACUCCAUCUGGGAGCCCCAUUCGUAUCAUUAAAAAUCUUCGGAUAUGUGUAGACUGCCAUGCCACGAUGAAGUUAAUAUCAAAGGUCGUGCAGCGUGAAAUAAUUGUUAGAGAUAUGAAUCGGUUCCAUCACUUUAAGGGUGGGAUUUGCUCCUGUGACGAUUACUGGUGAUUGAUUUUUAUUAAGAUCUGGUACUUGGAAGGUGAUUUCAUGAAGUCUUCCUGUCCUAAACAUGGAGAAGUAGAAUGGGAUGCAUUCUCUCGCAGGUGGUAGUGGAUUAGAACAAUGGUGGAUUAGGCAGGUCUAUUGAAACUUGCUCCAUGGUAGCAACACCAGGAGUCAAAGUUGGCCUUUCUUCAAAAAUUUCUGCAAAUAGGUUCAAGGCUAGGAUUUGCUGCCUAGAUCUUAAUUGCUGCUCAAGUGAUGUCUCACCAGGGAAAUGACUAUAUUGGCAAAGCUUGUGACUACUGUACAAGUAUUUGCACUAGAAGAAUAUUGGUCAACCUUAGCUGCCAUUUUUAUUAUCUUGAAAGAAAAGUAUGAAUCAGGAAAUUGUUUGAUACAAGUAGCAUUGCAUCCUUGUUCGACACUAAAUGUCAUGGACUCAACUUGCUUCUCAGAUCAGCAAAGCCAAACAAAUAUCUAAAAUUACUUGGAGAAAGACUCUGUUUUCUCCUUUUCCAUUGCCCUUCGAUCAGAAUCUCAAUGUUGCCCGAUGAAUAACUAACUGGUACAUUCUUGUCUUCUUUUCCAGAAUUACUACUUUUGCCACAGUGUGUGAAUUUAUUUUCUCUGGUUCAUGUUACUGAUAAUAACCAUUGCCGUUUGUAAGGAUUAAGCAGUGUGUUCUGUUGCCAAACCCAGAGUAAAUUAAGGUGCCUCUGUUUGACAUCACUGAUCAUCAUAUCCGAAACCAGUCCUGAUACUGCAACUUCAUUUUAUAAACCCUCUAAUUCUCAAAUGUUUGUAGGUAAGGAGGGUCUGACUUAUAGAAGGCUACACUUUCAGAAGAUUUUGUGCAUCAAUUCUUUGGUAACAGGUGUGGCUUUGGGUAAGCUUUCUUUAUAUAUUCAAGUCACACAAAUUUGCCAGAAUUCUUCCACGUGUUCAGAGGAAGAGAUUGAUGAAUUAUUUGACAAAUAGUUACUCACUUGUAUAACUAUUAUGAGAACAUUGAAUUGCUCGAUUCUGUAGAGCACUGAAACUGUAAUGUAGUUUGUACAGCUCACAAUUGAAACUUCAUGUAGCUUCACCGAAGUUUUGGGUACAGUCGGCAUCAUGCUAUCAAUAUGUAUUCUCAUACUGAAAUUUUUGAUUAUCUGACU